AUUUGAGGCUAUAUAAUGAACAUUGAUCGUGGUAUAGUGUGGAGGUGAGCCACUGGAGGAGCUCUUGUCUCUGUUGUCAGUGUACCGCCACCAGCUGAGAGGAUGUCAAAUAUUACAAGCCCUCAGCGAUUCUCAGGGACGUUUGACCACUUCUACGGUGGCCACUAUGAGCCAGACAUUAGUACCCAGAUGAAGGUGCCCAAAAGAAUACGAGUCACAGGUGAUAAUGAAGAUGAUCCGACUGUCAAUUGGGCUCGGUACAACGGCAUUAACGAUAAGUUUGAAAUGAAGGUUCCGGACCGCAUUGUUGUGGCAGGUAUGAUGUCGGUCCCAGAGAGGAUAAUAUUGGCAGGUGGGGAGCAGCACAUAGGGACCCGAGGAGUACCCAGGGAAGUGGAACUUGAACAGUCUAUCAUGCCUCAGCCAGACCCAGCACUAUACAGAGUACAGACGCCACCACGAACAAUUACAUUGGAUACCUACCAGUACCCCGGCAUGGAAGAUGUGUCUCCAGUAGCAGAGGACAGGGAGAGCAGUACCCCAGGGUCAGCUCCGACCAUCCUCCCACGCAACAGUAACUCUUUUAUACAUCCUGUGGAAGAUCUGGAUCUUGGGCAUGACAAUGGUACUCCAGGGAUUACAACAGACCUGAGCCCAAGUGAAGAGGUCUCUCUUCUCAGACGACAAGUUGGCCGCCUCAAUCGCCGUGUAAUGUCUCUGGAAUUGGACACACAGCAACGUGCUAACCGAGAAAUGAUCAUGUAUACCCUUGGUGUUGCUUACUUCAUCAUUAAGACUUUGUUGUGGAUGAACAGAAACUGAAUGGACAGCAGGAAGUUUGGAAUGAAAACAAAAGAUUUUGAGGAAAUCUUGACAUGGUGUUACUCGGUGUGGAGAGUUUGCCGAUUCCUUUUGGACGAGCCUCAGACUCCUGAUACUGUACUGGUAUAUCUGAGUACAAUGGCAGGAAACCACUACAACUUCUUCACUAGUCAGAAACACUUUUACUUUGGGGAUAUAUAAGAAUAUUGCUGCCUGCCAGUUAACACUAUUGUAAAUGGCCAAAGAGCUUAUUUGUAAGAAGAUCAGCAUUGUAUUUGUAGUACUAUACUUGCACAUCUCAAGCUGUUGUUAAGAACAAAUUGGAUUAAACAUAGAUUUAAAUUGCAGAUGUCACAAAAUGCCACUUAAGAAAUUUUUCAAGAUCUUCAUUUAUUAAAAAGUAUUUCGGUAAGGUAGGAGCAAGCUUCAUGAUGCCUAAUGCUUGAAGAUUAACCUUAGCAAAUGCAGUAUAAAAAGUUGCAGGAGUAGCAAGAGUAUAUACUAUGAAGGUGUUGAAGGCUGUGCUCAAACACUCCCACUCCAUACAAGUUUUCUUCUGCAGAUCAAAAUCCUCAUUUUAAUACAUUGUUUGGCAGUGUAUUAAUGUAGGAGGUUCCUUUAACACCUGACAAUAUCCAGCAUUGCCUUGUAGGUCAUAUAUGUGAUUGGUUUGUAACUGUUGAGUGUUGCUUUGUGGUAUAAACUGUGUCAGAGUAACAACAUGAAAAAUACUCCAUAAUACAAGGAAAACUAUGGAUCAAUAAAUGUUAAAUCCCAGUCCCACUUACCUACAUGACCCUCAAGUAGAUGAUGACAGGUAUUGGCAAAACUGUCCUUGGAAUUUUGUCUACAACUACUGUACCGUGGUUAUGGUGUGCAGUAGAGAAGAGGCUAUGAAGCCUUUACUGAAAAACAUAUGUAUAUAUAAUUUACUAAGAAGGAUAAGUAAAUACAGGUAUAUUCAAUCUACUACAAAAUUUAUAUGUCCAUUUUAUUGUUUAGUCAUUGAUUUUGGAAGAGUUAAUGUUAAGUUAAUGUGUGUGUCAAGAGCAGUGGCUUUGGGUAGUUACUGUUUAGCUAUAUUUAUUUAAUGGGAUCAUUCACCUUGAGGUUCACCAUAUAACGAUGACAGUUGUUGCUGCACUUGUACAUUACACACUCCCACUGGUGUAAUCUUCCCUCAUCUUUGGGACCAAUAUUGGCAUCAGAUUUAAUGAUUUUGAUGGUUACUGAACUUCACUCAUUUUUAUUACUGGAUGGUGCCAUUAUUACACCUGAAACAUCCAUUUUCUGGGGACACAAUGUUUGUAUUUGUUAUUGAUAAAAUUGCAGUGCUUGAAUCAGAUAAACGCUUGGUCAGUAAUAUUAGUAUUUUAAAGAAUGAACACGAGUUACUAUAGACGGUUGAUUACAGACACUCGUCAAACAAUUUUUAGUCCUGGCAUUUUCAACAAUGUGAUAUUUUAUUUAAUGUUUAUUUGAUAAUAAUUUGAAAAUAUAAUAAACAUUAAUGUAUUUAAAA